UGAAUGAUUUAAUCACGCUGGUGUGAUUGUAUUAAAUAUAGAAAAUAUUAAUCGGCUAUUUUUUUCUCUUUUGGAAGCUGCAUUCAAAAUCCACUUGGUUCAAAAAUCUGAGGGGGCACGUGCCCCCUACCCUUGAAUGGGCAUGACGCCUCUGAAGUCAGUGACAGGCAUCAGCCGUGCUCCACGCACGGAAACCCUUAGCAUCAAUAUGCCGACGCAAUACUGGGAAAUUUAUCGUCAUCAUUAUUGUUCAAAACUGGGUAGGUUUAGGGUAGGGGUGGGAUCAGGUACUCCAGUGAAAGUAUACCUGAUCGGAGUCACUCUUUUUACGUGGUCCGAUGCAGCGCUGGUGUUGAACCAGUGAAUCCGUGCAUGGACCACGGCUGAUGCCUUCUGUGAGCACAUCACGCAAUUUUCGGCGAUUCCGUGAUGCCACCACAGAUUCGGGGUUAAUUAAGUCCGUGAACAUUACACGGAAUUAUGUGAGAUCAGGUUGCGCAGGGAGACUCACAGAUUAUUAGUUUCACUUUAGUUAAAUAACACCAUAGCUAUCUGAGCAGAAGAACUGAAGCUUUUAUGGAUAUGAAUCUGCAUUUAUGAGGGGGAAAGUGGUGAAAAUGAGGCUUCUCUUUACUUGGCUCGCCGUGACCUUGUUUUUUCUCGACAAUGGUGUUUCUGGUGUUGAUACAGACGAAGUGCCAGUGUCUUUGAAGGAAGGAGAUUCAGUCACUCUACACACUGAUGUUAAAACAAACCAACAAGAAAAGAUUAAAUGGUAUUUUAAUGACUUUCGAAUCGCUGAAAUCACUGGAGAUCAGAGUAAGAUCUGUACAGAUGUUCAGUGUAAAGAGAGAUUCAGAGACAGACUGAAGCUGGAUCAGACUGGAUCUCUGAUCAUCACAAACAUCACAAACACAGAUUCUGGAAAUUAUACGCAACAGAUCAUCAACAGCAAAGACAGAACAAAGAUCUUCAGUGUUUCUGUUUAUGGUGUUUCCGCUGCUGAACGAGAUGAGUCAGUGAAAGAAGAAGAAUCUUUUACUUUAGAUCCUGGUGAAACAAAAAACUCAAAUGAUGUGAUGACGUGGUAUUUUACUGACAUUCUCAUUGCUGAAAUCACUGGAGAUCAGAGUAAGAUCUGUACAGAUGUUCAGUGUAAAGAGAGAUUCAGAGACAGACUGAAGCUGGAUCAUCAGACUGGAUCUCUGACCAUCAUGAACAUCAGAACCACAGACUCUGGACUUUAUAAACUACAGAUCAUCUUCAGCAACAGCAGCUUCAGCAUCACCAGAGUGAAGAGAUUCAGUGUUUCUGUUAUUUAUUCAGGUCUGUCUUCAGCUGCUGUAGCAGGAAUAGUUGUUGUUGUUGUUCUGCUGGUGGCUGCUGCUGCUGUAGCUGCUGGUGUGGUUUACUGUCGCAGCAGGAGCCAUACAGCAGUACCACAGAAUAAGCAGAUAUUCACUGGCGAUGCAGUGACCAAACAAUCAAACACACAAAUAACUCCAAAAUAAACUAAAUGACAGUUAAUAUAAAAACAAUGCAGGUUGUUUCAGAGAGCAAGUGUCUCAUUAGAAAACACCAAUACAACAGUUCAAAGAAUUUUAGAUGAGGUAUUGGAAUCAUUAAUACUUCAAUUUUGUAUCACUGAAGUACAUUUAAGAAAUGAAAACUUCUGUAUGAGCAACAGCAGAAAACACAAUUCUGGCUCUCUAGUAUUUUUGUGUUUGUGUAACUGAAACUGCAUAUAAUCAGCCUCCAAUUCAGAUUCCUUUGCGCCAGCGUCGCCAGCGAUGGAAGUGGUGAAGAAGAGAUGGAGAGAAGAAGAUAUCCCAUAAAUGGAAGAAAUGAAAACCAUUUUAUUUUCUAACCCCAUUGGCAGAUAUCUUCCCUUGUUCUAAGCAUAAACUAUACAUUUUCAGCAAACACUUAAAUAUCUUAAGUAAACUUAAUAUCUUAAGCAAGUUUGCUUCUCAAAAUAAGAUAAUUAUAUAUAUAUAUAUAUAUAUAUUUUUUUUUUUUUUUUUUUGUGGUGUAUAAAGAGGAUUGUACUCCUCAUACACAGCCUCAUCUUCUUUAGAUGUUUUUACUGGUAUGUUGUUACUGAUUUUGGAAAAGACUGUUGUCAUUAUAUUGGCUAAAGUUUAUAAUUUAACUACUAACACUAACCCUUAGUCAUCCACCGUUAUCAGAAAACACUGGCUGGCCAACUAUGAAUAGCAUGGCUUUUUAUAUCUCCAUCAGUUACAUCAGAACUAAAGCAGCCUUCAUGAGUUCAGAAAUUAAUUCAUUUAAACUGGACGCAACAUGACACAGGCUGUGUUAAAUGUUGUUACUGUGGCAUUUAAAGUUCACACAAUUCACACAAAUGUGUGUAUACUUGAUAAAACAAUGUUAUGAAAUUUUAGUAAGUCUUCAUGCAUUUGAUAUAUUUUUAUCUUCAUUGUUGAAAUGCAAAAAAUGAGUCUUCUUACCUGAUGUUGUGAACAAACAUCUGUGAUAUUUUAUGAGGUGCUGAUUAUUUGUUUGAUUUUAUUAAGAGGUGCUGAUUAGUUAUUUGAUUCUUCUCUUGAUCCCUUGUUCCUAUGGUGCUCACUGUAAAUAUAUAAAUGACCUCAACAGAGAUUAAUAGUUUUUUUUUUUUAUUUAUUUAUUUUUUUUUUCAUUUAUGUCAGGUAAAUAUUUUUGGAAAAGUAAUUUACGUGUCAAAGCUAAUAUGCUAAACUCUUCACUAAAGACUGUACUGCAGAUUUUGCCAUAAAUCAAUAAGAAGUGGACACGUCUUCUUCUUUUUUUUAAUGUUUUUAAUUGCUUUAGUAUUCCACUGUUAAUAAAUAUUGUGUGCAUUGUACUCUGGACAAAAUAUUGACAUUUUCCUUUCUGUGUUCCUUACCGUUACUUCAGCAAACACUAAAAUUGGCUUAAAGUAAAACCAGUAAUGCAGUUUUCUUUUCUGAAACAAGGAAAUUAACUUGAUCAUUAUUUGUAUGUUUAUGUGAUAAAUAUUAUUAAAAACAUGAUUCACUUAUAAUGUCUGGAAUCAGUGUCUCUAAAAUAUUUUUGUGUGUUAUCAUGAACUAACUAAGCUAACAAUGAAUCAGUAGUUUUAUUUCGAUUUUGGGUAAUAGGGUAGUUCAUUGUAUUUUGCUUUUGCUUUUUUUUUUUAAACGAAGAGGUCAUUUAAUUUUGUACAAGUAACUUUAGUUACGUAAUCAGGUUACUCUUUUCAAGUAACUAAAGUAAUGCAUUACUUUUUAAUUUACAAGAAAAUAUCUGAGUUAAUUUUUCAAACAAGUAUAGUUACUUUCAUU